CAAGAUGGCUGUCCCCAAAGCGAAGGGCUAUCGGCCGAGAUGCUUCUUUGAUGUUCAAAUAAAUGGAUCUCCAGGUAAGAAACGUUAAAUGCCUCGGAUAAAAUGUUUGCAUGGGCUGCUGUUUUUCAAAGUCAAGUCAUUUGGGUAGAGAAGCGGCUGAAAUUCAGGCCAUAACUCAAUAAUAAUUAUUGGAAAUAAUCAAGCAAGUGUCUAGAUAACCUACAGCCGAAAACGGUUUCGGCAUUGAGAAAUUUUGAGCAAUUUUCUCCAAAUAGCUCGUUUAAUUCUUCUAACAACAUAAGGUAUUUGUUGAGAAAUCUCAAGCGAUUAUAAAUAUUGCCUUGGGUUAAAAGUAGAAGCGACUGUCGAGCGUGGGCAUAGAGUAAAAUCUGAAUGUUUUCGACACUUAGAGAAUAUUCAAGUUCUGACACACUAAGUCAACUCCCGAUGAAUAUCCACAGAAACUAUCAACGAAACCUCACCAGAGUAUUUAGUGUUUGUUCAGAAAUGCCAAGCGAUUCUAAAUAAAGGUUUCGUAUUGUUGUGGACAAAUUCUCCGCGCUUGCAUUGUAAGCAUAUUCUUUAGAAUCUUGACUCACGGGUAUGGUUUUCAAAAUACUAGAUGCCCGGCAGUCGGAAAUUCACGUCCAAUUUACACGAAAUAUCUCAUUUACUUUGUGUAAAAACUUCAGGAAGUUGUUUAGAAAACUCAAGCGAUUUCAAAUACUGCUUUGGGCUUGAAGUAGAGGCAACCGUCGAGCCUUCUUGACCCAUUUUUGCCGUUCUCCUUGCCAUCGCCGGAUCGUGAAGUCCCUAUAGCAUUUGUGUCACGCAAUAAAUUGUAGGGUUACACCGGAAGUUGAAGGGCACUCUUCUGCCGAGUCGACAAAUUUCACGUUGUUUGUAACUCACAGGAACGUCUCCCGAGGAUAUCUGUUAAGACUACAGACUCUUUAUAAUUUUACACACAAAUUGAGUAGACUCGGCAGAUGCCGAGAAAGAUUUUAGUGAAAGUACCGGUGAGUUAAGAUUCUAAAGAAUAUGCUUAAUGCAAGCUCGGAGAAUUUGUCCACAACAAUACGAUGGUGAGGUUUCGUUGAUAAUUUCUUUGGAUAUUCAUCGGGAGUUGACUCAGUGUGUCUGACUGCUGGGUAUCUAGAUUUUUGAAAACAGUUCUUGGCUGCCGGGUAUCUAGACACGUCAAAUAAUCAAUUAGAAGCUUAAGCUUAUAUUAAGCUUAAUAUAGAAAAAGUUUUGCUUCUUUGAUUUUAAUCAAUCUCUAUAAUUUUAAACUUAAAUUAAUGUGACUGUGUAGCAUUGGUUAUGAAUGCUUACUUCUCUUAAUUAAUGAUUUGAGCCUAUGAACACUGUGAUAUUCUAAAUUUUUUUAUGGAUUAUUUUGGCCAAUUGAUUGAAAUCAAUAAGGUUUCCAAUGAGCAACCUCAGUCUUCUUGUAACAUAGAAAGAGAAGUAGGUGGGUACAAAGGAAGGCAGGUUUGAAAGAACCUCAAAUCUAAAACUUUUAAAUCUUGCUUGAUUUAAAUUAAGAAUCAAUUUUGCAUUCUUUGUAGCUGGCAGGAUUAUUGUUGAACUGUUUGCUGACAUCUGUCCUAAGACAUCUGACAACUUUAGAGCAUUGUGCACAGGUAGGGAAGUAGGUAUUAAUGUAGAUACAUGUGCUACUACUACCACUACCAACUACUUUAUUAAUAUUAAUAAUAAUAGUAAUGAUAAUAAUGAUAAUAACAAUAAUAUCAUUUUUCAUACAUGGUAACCACAUCAGUUACAUAUUACAUGUAAAUGUUAGUGUUUUAGAGUUGAUGUGUGGUUGACUGUACUCACUUGUAAGUGGGAUGGGGUCAUAAUAUUAAAUUCAUGGCUACUUCCUUCCACUGACUUACAAUGCAUUAAGACAAGGAGUCACGGACUCUUAAAUGAUAACACAGAAAAAAUGAAAAGCAGACAUUAAAACCUUUAGCAAGUGUAUUCUAAAACUAAAAGUAAUAACAGUGUUCCAGAUAAGAGAUGGGUCUUGGGUCAAUGACCAGACAAAGAAGGCUUCCUGACCCGACAGAUAACAUAUAAGUUUUAAGUUAAAUAUGGCAAAAAAAUUAGCAGGUGGUCUUGGUGACCCCUCAGAUGGUCUACAUGACCCCCCUCUUGAAAUAAUUAACUGGAACACUGAAUAAGAGGCCUAAAAAAAUGCCAGAAUUGACAUAAUGAUGAGAGACUACUGAUAAACUAAUGCAAUAGUGUAUAAUACUGUAAAUUGCUGAACUUUUAAGGAAAUUAAUGGCUAUUUUUUAAGUGAUCAACUUGAUAUUUCAUAGAAACUUUAAACAAGAUUUUUUGGAUUAACUUUGAACCUGUUUUUUAGGUGAAAAAGGUUUAAGCAGGACUUCUGGGAAGGCUCUUCACUAUAAAGGAUCAGGGUUCCAUUGA